AUGUCAGAACCGACGGACCACACCACACUUUCUCAAUCUAAUCCAGAAGCCACGGUAUUGACGAAUAGUCAAACGGAGAAUACAUCUUCCGUGUCGGAGCAGACCGUAGCCGAUCACAGUGAAGUGAAAACACAGCUAUCGACCUCAUCGAUGGCGCAAAUGGAAACAACUCACGAAGUACGGAACACUAUUACGACAGUCACCGCAGAGGAGACAAAACAACGUCAUGGAGAAGAUUUGGAGUGUGUAGAAUUAGUACAUCCAGAUGGAACUAUUUCGGCCGUUUCGGCACAUCCACCAACUGUUGUGGCUGAGAACAAUGCCAACAACAAAGACAACACUUCACCAAAUGUGAACGAAGCGCCCCAUACACAGCCAGCAGAACCACAUCCGGAUACCGGGUCCCACAUAGAUCCUGCUCCGACGGGAUCUGCACCAACCGAUUCAGAACCACAUGUGAAAACCAAUAUACCAACCGAGAAUGUUCCUGUUACGACAGAUGCCAAGACACCCAGUUCACACGAGAUCAGUGGGACUCCUGCUGAGAUAACACAGAAAUCAUGUACACCACCGCAAUCACCCAAAGGUGAUGCAGUGCCUCAAACACUGCCGACAGCAGCAACGACAACACAGGAAGUAGAAUCAAACGCAGAAGUGCAAAUUUAUCGAGAAGAUUUGGAUGUAAUCGAAACUACAGAUGCAGACGGGAUUGUUAGUGCUGUAUCGGCACAUCCACCGUCCGCUCCCCCUGAAAACGCACCUGUGGAUCAGACCAGAUUAGAAUCCGACAAACCACUUGCGAUUGUCGUUUCUGAAAAAAGCCCUGACCAUUCGGAUAUUCAUGCAGUUUCCACCACAGAACAAAUCGGAAAUACUGGUGAACAUCACUUACCUGAUUCAGAGACUGAUGAUAAACAUCUGGAUGUCGAAAUACCACCGGACAUCACUGAGGCUAUCAUGCACGUACCAAAUCCGUGUACUGAAGUACCUGAACCGGUUGAAACACCACGUGCAUCGAGAUCUAAAGUGAGUGAAAGCCGAGGAGGUGAAAAUGGACCGGAGCUUAAUAUGGCUCAUCUUGUUGAUGCUGUGGACAUUCGGGAAGCCACUGUGGAAGAUAUUCCGCCUUUGAAACCGGUUACACCAGAGACAACGCAUCAUGUGGACCGACCGAAGAGACCUCCUCCGCCGGCCAUCAUGACAACUGCUUGUGGAGUUACCUCGAAUGGAACUGCUCCAAAGAAGGCCCAUGCCGGUUUUCAUUUUCGUCUUGGUGGAUCCAAAUCACGAGACAAUUCCGGAUCAAGAGAAGGUUCAUUGGAUAGACAAAAUCGACGGUCACUGGGAGCAAGCAUGCGAAAUGCGUUUGGAACACUGACUCGCAGCAUAAAGAAGAAACAGAGUGAGCUUCAGGAGAAACGGAAGGCAGCACAUACGUUCAACGGCCAUCAUGAUAAGCCGUCUCCUGCUCCACCGGGUGAACGGAUUCACGUCACUUUACGAUCCCCUUCGAACGAGCAAAACGAUCAGGAAGAGCAGUCACUGCAAUCCGUGUCCGGGGUUUGUUUGUCUCAUGAAUCGGUAAGUAUUCGGGAAUGGAAUAAAACUCCGAUUUCCUACAAAUUUGUGAUUCACUACGUUUACAUUAAUAAACAUAUAGUAGGUUGGGGCUUGGGUUCAGUUCUCAAUCAAUCGUCAUUCGCGAAAAAACGGUGCUUUAACUACAACGUUACUUGA